AUGGGAGCCGUAUUAUUUCAAGAUGGGAAACCAGUUGCAUACCAUUCUGAGAUGUUUAGUGGACCGGUAUUGAAUUAUCCGACUUAUGACAAGGAGUUGUAUGCAAUGCAUCAAGCAGUGAAGCAUUGGAGAGCUUACUUGUUGGGAAAAGAAGUCGUAGUUCACUCAGAUCAUAAACCUCUUCAGUUUUUAACUACACAGUCUAAGUUACAACAAGCUCGCCAUAUGAAAUGGAUGUCUUACCUACAACAAUUCAGUAUUGUGAUAAAGUACAAGAAGGGAGCAACUAAUAAGUUGGCAGAUAUGUUAUCUAGACCACCUACACCAGUUAGUUCCGCAUUGCUGGUGGCUAUGAAAAUCCAACCCAUUGUUCCUUCUGAAUAUGCCAAAGGGUACGACACAGAUGCUGAUUUCAACUCAGCCUAUGCCAAGCUGGAACAAGGAAAGACUAGUGAGUUUCAAUUGAAAGAUGGACUAAUGUAUAAGGGAACACAAUUGUGCAUUCCAGAAGAUGGUGACAGAUUGCAAUGGAUUCGUGAGGCUCAUACUUCUAAAGUAGCAGGGCAUUUUGGAGUUGAGAAGACUUUAUUGAAUCUUCGUCGCUAUGUGUAUUGGCCAAAGAUGCAUCUCGAUGUUUCACGAUACAUUCGAGGUUGUGUUCUAUGCAACACAUCGAAGCCUUCCAACAGGAAGUUAGGACUGUAUCUUCCAUUACCAGUACCUACUCGACCUUGGGAGAGUAUCUCGAUGGAUUUCUUAGGUGGCUUGCCUAAAACCAAGUCUGGAAAUGACUACUUGUUUGUGGUGGUAGAUCGUUUCAGUAAGAUGGUGAUUCUCAUUCCAUGCAAGAAGACCGUAACUGGAGAAGGAGCUGCUAAGUUAUUUUUCCAAUAUGUUUGGAAGCAUUUUGGCUUACCUACAUCAAUUAUUUCUGACAGAGACAGUCGAUUCUUAGGCCAUUUCUGGAGGUCGUUAUGGGGAAUGAUGGAUACUAGAUUGAAAAGAAGCACUGCAUUUCAUCCACAGACAGAUGGGCAAACGGAGGUCGUAAACCGGACUAUGGUACACUUGUUGAGGGGUUACAAUUCCAAGCAUCCGAAGACUUGGGAUGAAAGUCUCCCUUACUUACAGUUUGCUUUCAACCGAGCAAUUCAUGGCUCUACACUCAAAUCUCCAUUUGAGGUUUGUUUGGGUUAUUUACCCCAGAGUCCUUUUGAUUUAGCAUUUACUCUGAGUGACCAACCAUUAUGUGGGAAAGAAGAAGAAGAACAUAUUCGAGCACAUAAAUUUCUCGAACGAGUCAGAAAGAUUCAUACUGAAGUGGAGGCACAAUUGAAACGUUCUCAGCAACGAUAUAAAGCUCGCCAUGAUAAGCAUCGUGUGCCAUGUAACUUCAAAGAAGGUGACCUAGUAUGGUUACACCUUGGAAAGGAGCGGCUAACAGGUGAAGGCAAGAAACUGAAGCCUAUUCGUUAUGGACCGUUCAAGAUCAUCAAACAAAUUGGUGAUAAUGCCUUUCAACUUGAAUUACCACCAUACAUGCAUAUGUACUCGGUCAUCAAUGCCGAGAAUCUUAAGUUUUUUGAGCCAUCUCUACUUGAUGAUGAUCCCGACGAAGACAUUCGGCUUCCAUCAGUUGAUGACUUAAAAAUUGAACUAGAAGACCCUUUGCUGAAGGAUUGUAUCUUGGAGCAGAAGGUUCGUGAGACCCGACAUGGAAAGUAUGAGUAUUUUCGUAUUGGCAGUAAAGGGCAACUUCCCAGCAAAUCGAAAUGGUAUAUUCGAGACAAGGCUACCCAAGAAUUUCCACAUCUCACCAUUUAA